AUGGGUGCGAAUGCUGCCCAAGCUGUUCCCGUCCUUCUAUUCAUUUCUUACUUCAAGUCGUUCUCCACAUUCACAGAACGUCCGAGUCGACGAAGCUUGAAAGGGGCAGGCGGUAUUCCCGGAAACCUCUAUGACCCUAGACACGGUGUGGAUGCGGUCCAAGCAGCUGAACCCCUGACCGAAUCCAGCUUAUUCUUGAGGCUGGGCUUCAUCCAGCGUCCUAGAUAUGGGCGUGGGGAUGAGCUUGGUGAAUACUUUGUACAACCCGCUCAGCAAGCAUGUCGGACAGUAGUUCCGAAGGUUCCCUCGGUUACCUUUCUUAUGGAUAAGAACGGCGCGGAGGGCGAAGGCGAAGAAUGGCCAAACGAGGUGACAGGAUCUCGUGAGAAUCGGCAAGAUGGAUGGGUGUACAACAAAACCAACACCGCCUACAUUUCGCGACGGAAUUUUCUCUCCACGAGUAACGAGUGUGCGGUCAUUCAUCUGUCGUACGUCGCUCCUUCUGCACUUGGUCUCCUGCAGAGGAAUCACGUGAAACUUGGUAGCUCCGAGAAGAGCAUGCAGACAGUCUCCAUGCCGAGUCGUGCGUGUGUCACCUUGGUCCGUCUUGGGCAACCUGAGAUUUCAUCGCCUCUCACCGGUCGCCUUACCGUCCGACGUCUGAGACGGCAGGGGCCAGUGUACAGGCUAGGCUUCCGAUUCGAAAGCCUACGUAAGAGUAAAGUCGGAAUGUCGGAUGUGUCGAACACAACUUUGGAGACGCUGCCGGAUGACGAACCUCCGCUGUGCAUCGUAGUUCGGCGCCCGUAG